AUGCACGAGGCGCCCUCGCUGGAGAGAUACAUGGAGGAAGGUCAGAUUACGGCCCUUGGAGGCCUUGAGAGUGCCUUUGUAGGCAGCGUUGCAGCGCUCCAGGUAGCGCACGGACCCGUACGAGAGAUACCGCCUCUGCUGCUGCGCCGUGUGGAGCGCUGCUUUGAUUACCUGGAUGAAACGUGUACAGGAGAGGUGUCGUUGCCGGCGCUUGGCGCGGCCUUUGAAUCGCCUCCGUCAAGGGAGUUGAAGCUUCAGUCCCUCCUCAAGGCCGCCCAGCCCUCCUCCAGUUCUGCUUCCCCACGCGACAAUGACGGGAGUAUACAUGUCGGCUUUGCCGCGUUUCUCCAAGGCUUGUUCCCUCAGCUGGGCGAGGCGGACAUUCAGAGACUUGUGCUGCAUGAAUUGUCACUGGAGACGCUAUUUCGUCUGCGUGGCGUACCUGCCGGAGUGGUUUGCAAGCAAGAAGGAUGGGUUUUUGUUCCUUCUGCACGCAUGCCAAGAAGACGCGUUGCUGCACAUUGCCUCACGAGAGUUUGA